AUGCCUAAUACCAAGACCAUCCAUGUCGCCCACUUGGGAGGGAUCGAUGCCGCCUACCAGAUGUACCGAGAGUACGAUCGCAACAAGCCAACGUUAGUACUGGUGAACGCCUUCACCACGUCAUCCGAGCUGUAUCGAGAUCAGUUCGAAAGCCCGGAACUGACUGAUCAAUUCAACCUUGUGGCUAUCGAGCUACUAGGUCAUGGCCAGACGCGCACGGCUCGUGAACACUGGACCUACUGGGAUACGGCGGAGAUGAAUCUGCAAGUUCUAGACGCCCUGGAAAUUGAUCGUGCAUUCGUCCUAGGAACAAGCCAAGGCGGAUGGAUCACCGUGCAGAUGGCGCUGCUACGGCCAGAAAAGAUUGUGGGGAUUAUUCCUGUUGGUACAUCCAUGGACAGCGAGUCGGAGCGCAGCCGCCAGCUAAAGUGCUGGGAUGGUCCAACAAUUGUUGCUGGUUUCGUUAACCAAUGGACAAGGAGCAAAGCAACCCCAGAUUUUGAGCCCGACAAUGAAUAUUGCGACGCACUCAUUGAUAUCGGCUUCAACGAGUGUUCGUCCGGACAACGCGAGUUUUGGCGAACGACAAUCAAAGACAAUUACCGCGGCGAUGAUGGUCGUCGGCGACUUCGUAUGGCGGCGAUAAAUCUGGCUGAACGGGGCACAUUGCAUCUUCGACUCUCCGAUAUUAGAUGCCCAGUACUGUGGCUGCAUGGUACCAAGGAUGCUGUAUACUCAGUGGCCAAUGCCGAGGAAGAAAUCAAGCUUUUUAAUCAAUCGCCAGAUGCGUGUCUGUUGCCAGUAGACGGGGGUGCUCAUUUCCUGAACUCCUCUCAUCCCACAGAGGUGAAUAAGGCAAUUGCGGACUUCAUCAAUAAGUAUAUAUGA